AUGUUCGUCAGUGGAGUUGAUCGAGUGAAACCGACACUUACAGUUGUGUCUGAAGCAGCAGCAAUGGCUCAAGGAAUCGGGACUGUUGUCCUUGUCGAUUGCAGUGAGGGGGAUGGAAAAAAAUUGUGCAAGAAGCUAAAGUUCACGCCAAAGACUUUCUUAUUAAAACAUUAUCACAAUGGAGAAUUUCACAAAGACUACGACAGACAGUUGGUGGCAAAAAGCAUUUACCGAUUUCUAAAGGAUCCAACAGGCGACAUUCCUUGGGACGAAGAUCCAACUGCUGUUGAUGUCGCUCACCUUGCGAACAAAGCUGAGUUGCGAAAGUUGGUUGCUUCAGAAAAGCGGGCGUUAGUGUUGUUUUACACACCAUGGUGUGGUUAUUGCAAACGGCUUAAACCGCAGUUCAGUCUUUUGGCUUCUGAAAUUAAAAAAAAGGUGGCAUUAGCUGGUAUGGAUCUUACACAAGAGGGUAAUGAUGAAGUUGGAAGGAUGUAUGAGAUUGAGAGGUACCCAACUAUGGAAUAUUUUGAGGCUGGCAAGCAUAAGUUCCGUUAUCCUGGCGAGAAUACAAAGGUUCUCCUGUUAAGGAAAGGUAGCAAGUUUAAACGUAUUGUUUCUAAGGAAGCUAUUGCGGCAUGGUUAGAGAAUCCGACAGCAAAACUUGUUUCGGAGGAACAAAACGACGGUGAGAGCGCUUGGUCUGAAGUACCUUCUGAGGUAACGCAUCUGACGGACAAAAGUUUCAGUGGCUUUAUCGCCGAAAGAAAGAGUGUGUUGGUCAUGUUUUACGCACCGUGGUGUGGACACUGUAAAAAGGCGAAACCCCUAUAUAUGGCUGCAGCGAAGCGGUUAAAGGACGAUGGCGUCAAUGGAUUUCUAGCUGCUGUUGAUGCUACAGUUAAUGCGAAUCUUGCUACUGAAUACAAUAUAGAGGAAUACCCGACAUUCUGUUACUUUAAGAAUGGAAAAUUUGCUUGGAAAGUUAAUGAAUAUACCGAAGAAGGGUUUUACAAAUAUAUGAAAAAUCCCGUUGAGCCUCCACCUCCAGAAUUACCGUGGAAAGAACAGCCGGGGCAUGUAUUACACUUGAGUGCAGAAAACUUCAAAUCAGACCUCAAGAAGAAGAAGAGCUCUCUGGUUAUGUUCUACGCCCCAUGGUGUGGGCACUGUAGGAAAGUGAAACCCUUGUUUACGGAAGCUGCUGAAAAGGUCGCUGAAGACGAGAGGGUUGGGUUCGCAGCUGUUGACUGCACAACAGAAACUUCACUUUGCAACGAAUACGAAGUCAAAGUGAAAAAAAUUUUUGAUAAAAUCUUCUCUUAA